AUGGCACGAAGAACGCGUUUGCUGGCCUGUGGAGCUCUCUUGUCCACUCUUUUUCUUACACUUCUCCUCUUACGUGACGCGACAAGCUCUUUCGAUCAGAGCCACCAUCCCUACGACGACUUUGACACAUCACCAACCCACUCCGUCCAAGCACCUCUCCCAGUCCCCGCGCCCACACCCGAAUGGUGCCAAUACAACGACUGUUUAAAAGGCCAUUGGGCAGCACGCACUCCCCCAUUCCGAAACCUCGCAGACUUUCAAGAAGCGUACAAGAACACGCAAGAACCUAUAUGGUCCCGUGCGCCUAUCCCUUCGCCUUCGAUAUCUGGGGUGGAAGUGACCGAUGAGGAGAGGAAGGUGUUGGAGGAACAGAGGUUGGUUGAUUUGAUGAAUUAUGUUUGGGUUCCAAGUGGGAAGAUGAAGGAGUGGGAUCCGGAGGAGUUUGUUGUUCAGAUGUUGAGGACUCCGGGUGGGUUGAUACUUAUUGGCGACUCGAUAUCCCAGCAGCAUUCGCAUGCCCUGGGCUAUUCUCUUCGUGCGGCUGAUAUCCGAUUCGACCAUAACCCGCCUCAUCUGCCCUUGUACGCACACCAAGGCAUCCAUAUGCAUGCCUUGCGACAAAAUGACCCUACCACCCUCCGCCUCCUCGCGCGCGCUGGUGUUCCCGAGUCGAGGUUGUUACGGCCCAUUAUUACGAUGGUGGAGGAUCAUAUGUUGAUACAUGAACAGGAUAUUAGGAAGAUUACGGAAGGGUUGGGCGCGUCAAAGGAGUAUUAUUGGUAUCAUGAUUAUAAGAGGGUCGAGGGGUGGGAAGGGUUUGUUGAGGAUGCUGCUAGGCCACGAGAGGGCGAGGAGGGGACGGUUACGGAGGAUACCGUGUUGGUUAUGAAUGGUGGUGCGCAUUGGUCAAGACACGAGCUCUCAAUGCUUCCAGCCGGAAAAUCCGACGAAGAAGAACAAUCUCGCGUAGUAGCUACAUACAAACAAAUG